GUGCGCAUUGAGUGAGCGCGUGGUUUUGGCGGGACCGUGAGCGAGCGAGAGUGAGAGCCGGAGACGAGAGGCAGAGACAGAGAAGAGACAGAGAAGAGACAGAGCGGAGCAGAACAGAACAGAGCAGAACAGAGCGAAAAGGGCAGGACUUGAUUGAGUAGGCGGAUACACAGUAGAAGAUGACUACGGUUGAAGAAUCCUUUUUUUCUCCUAUUAGCCUUGUUUCUACUACAAAAAUGGGAAAGAAACAAGGUAGCAAGACAAAAAAAUCUGAAGAUGUUCAGCCUGAAGAAUAUAUUGUUGAACGAGUGUUAGACAGACGAGUUGUACAAGGAAGGGUUGAAUAUCUUUUGAAGUGGAAAGGUUUUACAGAUGCUGAUAAUACGUGGGAGCCAGAGGACAAUUUGGAUUGUCCAGAAUUGAUCCAGGAAUUUCUAGAUUCCCAAAAAGCCACCAAAGAGCGUACAGAUGCAUUCAAACGAAAAUCUGUUUCCGAAAAUGAAAGUGAAGAAAACAAGCCAAAAAAGAAAAAGGACCCGACUGACAAUCAACCAAGAGGUUUUGCCAGAGGAUUGGAGCCAGAACGCAUCAUUGGUGCAACUGACUCGAGUGGCGAAUUGAUGUUUCUGAUGAAGUGGAAGGAUUCUGAUGAUGCCGAUCUGGUCCCAUCCAAGGAAGCCAAUGUUAAGUGUCCACAGGUUGUGAUUGCAUUUUACGAAGAGAGAUUGACAUGGCAUUCCUAUUCUACAGAUGAUGAGGAAAAUUAACUGCAGGAUGUGUGUAACUGAAGGAUAUUGUGGAGAAAUGUUUGGAUGUACAGUUAUUGCCCCCAAGUUUUUUUUGUUUUUUUUUUUAAACCUGCACUUGUCGUAUAAAGUUCAAUUUGUUUAUUUCCCAUUGACUGCAAGUGAUUUGAACUGACCUGUGCAUUGGUCCUGGAACCUUGGGAUGCAUUGAUUAAAUACAUAAAUAUGAAAUGUACUUUUGAUUCAUUUUAUUGAUAGUAGUCUAGUCUUGUUUACCAAAAAAUUGUUUGCGCAUAAUACAAGCUUGUACUAAAUCAGUCAUGAGGAUUUGAGGUUAGACCCCUUCAUCAUAUUAUCUUUUUUUUGUGUAUUUGUUUGCUUACAUUGUCAAGUUUUAAAAAAACUAAACGGCAAGUAGGAAAAAUAACACGGGCUUUAUCUGGGCAAGUGAUUUAGUUCCAACUUGCAAUAGCUUUGGCUCAGCAAAUUAUUCCAACUAUUUUCUUUACUUUAUUGAUAUCUAGUUUCUAAAGUCAUUGUUGUGAAGUUUCAUUGGUUUUUGUAAAUGUGUGAUUUUAAAAUAUAACUUGACGUGCACUAUUUCUGUGGAAUUGGAGCUUGCUUGGUUUCUGGAAAGGUUGGAACUGAUCAACCAAUGCAAAUUCAGUGCUGAUGUAAUACAUCUGCUGAAUUGUAGCUUGGAUACAUGGCCAGGUCUUCAUAUGCCAUUUGACUUGGAUGUGAAAGUUAUAACUAUUCAAAGGCCUUGGUUUAUACCUAUGAAACACAAUGUGAUCAUGAAAUAACUAAUCAACUCCACUUAUCUUCUAAUGCUGAACUGAUGCAACAACAUACUCAAAUUAAGAAAUUCUGACCAGCUUGGAAACAUGGGUUAAUUUUGAAACCUGAACGAUUUUUAUUUAUAAAUUCAGAUUUUAUUGUUUUUCUUUGAGUACUUGUAUGUGUAUUGCCUAGGUUAUUUAGUAAUGUUGAUUUUUGUUAACAGCUGAGGAUAAAAUGUUUAAUAAAACUAUUUUGUCUUUUUGGGUAAAA